GCUCGCGCGACUUCUCCACAGAGGCGCUGCUUCUCCAACCUCAGCAAACAAGGUCAACCUCGCCAUUGCCUGCGUGAAUGGCCUCCACAUACGCCCUUCCCCUCGACAGCACCCUCCGCUCCCACUCUCAGCAUGGCCACGGCCACGCUCAUUCCCCCCAUACCUACGCGCGUUCUCUGCUGCCAGACCGGUCCUCGUCCUGGGCCACCGAUUCCGGCCUGAAGAUGCACGACAGUCCCCGCUCCCACUCUCUGUCGCCGCAUGUCGACUACUCGGCCUACAGCAUCAUGAAAGGCCGCCCCAAGAUUCGCCCCCGCGGUGAAUCCGACCUUGGCCGCCCGGCGCCCAAACCGCACCCCCAUGUUGCUUCAAGUUACGGCUUUCCCGCACCACUCGAACAUCCUGAAAAUCAUUCCCACGGCCACAAGCUCCAGGACGCUCUCACGGGGCUCCUGGUCCCCCUUCCCUACAUUCUUGCCUCCCUGGCUUUCGCGACCUCAGCUACGUCAACCUCGUCCGCCGCCGCGGCUUCCGCUUCUCCACUCGAGCGCCUCCAGGCCUCGGUUUCGACCGAACAAUUGGUCACUACCAUAGUUCAGGAGCCGCACAGUGCGGCGCUUUUGGAAGCAUGCUUGCUUUCGUCUGGUACGCUCAUGCUGGUAGCCAGCAUGGCGAAAUUAAGGCCCUCUGCGCAGGUGCUCAAUCGUAGAAAGAGUCUUGGCACUCCUAUCUUAAAGAGCGAGCCACUUCUCACUUUUUCGCGCCUUCGGGAGGCCGUGGGUAGGAUUGUCCGUGUCAGCCUACCGUUUUAUGCUGCUGCGCAAUUGGGUGGCAUCCGGACGGGUCUCAUCUUCCUGGGCGCAUUGGCUUGCGGCUUAGGUGUCCCAGAUGUGAAUUCAGGAAAGCGGAAGCUCCUGGAUCCUUUCCGACGUGCUUUUCGGGAGAAGAAAUACUUCUGUCUUUACCUCGCUCUGAGCUUGGUGUGCGACAUGCUAGGGUUUACCUCAACCCGGAGUCUGCAUCACACGAUGGCGGGAUAUUUCACCCUUCUUGUUUCUCUCUUUUUGAUGCCACCGCCUUUCUCUACUUCCCACAAGCCUCUUGCAACGUCUCCACCUAACGCGUUGAAUCCGUCGGUAUCAAGCUUUCUUUCGCCUCUGAUCGAGAGCCCUCUAAAGACGCCUUCAGCCACUCAAGAUGUCAAACCGUACAUCACAGCAUCUUCGUUGAUAGCUUCAUCGGAAGACACUUCCACGACUUUCCUUGCAGGCGCAGUUCUGAGCGCCUUCACGAUUUUAACCCUAUUUUUUGCAUCGACGACACCUUCUUUUACGACCUUUUCUACGUUUUUCUCGGUCUUGUCUAUGUUCUCGGCGGCUGCUGUCUACUUUUCUGCGCAUCCUCCUACUUUGCAAUCAUCGCAAAGUCCCGGUACCGUGACGGGCUGCGGUCUGACAGCUAUUGCUGGAUCGUUGCUCCACCCAGGGGCUUGGGCGUAUACUCUUAUUGAUUUCCUUAUGUCCGUUUUCACAUACGCAAUUGUUCGCUAUGAGCUUGGAUCAGCUUCUGCUACCGCUGACCAUGACCAUGAUCAUCAUGAUCACCACAACCACAAGGGUCACGAUCAUAGCCAUGCUCAUUCUCAUGCGCAUGAUCGUCAAUCCAGGAUCACACGCCACCUUCUGUCGAAGUGUGAUCCCGAUUCCAUCACUUACAGUAUUCUCUUAGAGAAAGACUCUCGUCGCAUCGCUUAUUUCACAUGCCUUAACCUCUUCUUCAUGCUGGUUCAGUUUUUCUACGGCUACGUCAGCGGAUCUCUAGGACUUUUAUCCGAUAGUAUCCACAUGCUCUUUGACUGUGCUGGUCUAGCAGUUGGUUUAGCUGCCGCUGUCAUGGCCAAGUGGCCCGCGAGCGCUCGGUUUCCCUAUGGUUACGGAAAAGUGGAACUGCUGUCCGGCUUUUCCAACGGAAUCUUCCUUCUGCUUGUGAGCAUCGAGAUAUGCCUUGACGCGUUCGAACGAUUCUGGGAGGGCCAUGAGUUACGGCGCCUCAACGAGCUUCUCGUUGUUAGUGUGCUGGGCUUCCUCGUCAACAUGGUUGGUCUCGCAGCCAUGGGCGGCCACGCGCACCACGGCCAUGGCCACGAUCACCAUCACCAUGGCGACGAGAACAUGCAUGGCAUCUUCCUGCAUGUUAUGGCGGAUGCUCUUGGUUCUGUGGCCGUCAUUGUCUCCACCAUUCUGACUCAAUGGAACGGCUGGAACGGUUGGGAUCCCCUCGCGUCAUGCGCCAUUUCGGUCAUGAUCUUCAUCUCGGCUCUGCCCUUGACGUACGGUGCUGCUAUGCGGCUGAUUCUAUGCGUGCCCGAAAACAAAGAGGACAUGCUGAAGGAUACGUUGCGCGAUAUCAACUCGAUCCGAGGAGUGGUCAAUUAUAGCGCGCCGAGAUUCUGGAUGGAGGACGUGGGGACGGCUCAUCAGCGUGAGCAUGAGCACUCCCACGGCCACGACCAUAGCCAUGACCAUGGCAACGAUCAUGGCCACAAUCAUAGUCACGACCAUAGUCACGACCACAAGCACGGCCAUGAACACUCCCAUGACCACAGUCACGAUCACAGCCACGGAGACGGGUGCGCGCAUGGACACGAUCAUAGCCAUUCGCAUGAUCACGGCCAUACCCACUCGCACUCCAACGAUCAUGGUCACAGCCAUUCUCACUCACAUGAUCAUGACCACGACCAUGACCACCAUGAGGCAGAGCCGAGGGUUCUGGGCGUGAUCCAUAUCAUCGCGGCCAAGACGGCGGAUGCUGAAGAUGUGCGACAGAGGACCACGACGUUCUUGAAGGAGCGCAAGUUGGACGUACUUGUACAUGUGGAAAAGGAGGGCGACAGAUGCUGGUGCGGCGGUGGUGCGAACUUCCAGUGAGAGGAAGCAUUGUUCUGCGGCGAUUUUCUUUCUUGUACCAUAUUUAUUGUGGCAUCGGCAUUGCAGAUGCGGGUGCUGUAUAAACUCUGAGCGUUCUCGCAAACACGAGAUUGAGUCGUUUUAUGCGAUACUUGGGUGGAGG